UGGGACAGUUAAUGCACUGUACAUUGUUCUUAAAAAAAAACAACCUGCAAGAUUCGAUUGGCGCCCUUUUUACAAUGCACUCUCAAUUCUUGGAUAGUUCAGCCUUAAAAGCGGUAGAUGAGUAUUGCCAGUACAGACGGCUUGUGGGUGAUGACGACGGCGGCAGACUGUUUACUCCUGAGCAAUAUAAGGAGUACAAGAGGAAAAUGGUGCCGCACCGAGUGAAAAAUAGACUCUAUGUGAGCUUUGGUGUACCGGGAGGCAUCGACUGCAGACUGGUCGGUCCAGAGACACCGUGCUUCUGCGGACAUAGAUACAAGCAACAUAAAACGGAUUUUGAGAUCAUCCCUUCGGAGAGACCUUUAGUCCUCCCAUGCCGGGUGAGGAAAUGUCUUUGUUUGGCUUAUGAGUAUCUUCCCCACAUCGGCGCAGCACCCGUCCGCUGUGGGUGUAAACACUUACCUGAAGAUCACACCGAAGGCGGCAGACAUUUGUGCAGAAAGUGUGACUGUUCUGGGUUCAGGAGUCCGUACACAUGUGGAUGUGGCCAGCCCACCUAUAAUCACCAGACCCUGGUUGAGACAAAGUCCGAGAGGGUGGCACGAGGUCGCCCCGUGGGAGGAGAUGUCCCUUAUGCUGCAAUGGGCGGACUGACCAACUUCAGCUCCUUGGUGGAUGGUUACAUUGCUUUGGAAGCGAGUGGAUUACUUGAGGAGUCCGAAGAUGACUGCGAGUAAUGAGGAACGGCAGUCACGGAUGA